AUGGAAGAUGAAGACAACAAUUCUAGUGAGACCGGUAUUCCAUUAGGUGAUGCUUCGACUAGAGGCAGUAAGGUUAAUUCAGAACUUGAAAUGGAUUAUAGUAAUGAAUUUGUUACUCAUGGGAUAUUCAAGAGUCGAGAUGAGUUAAUUCAAUGGGCACGUCAAGUUGGAAGAAGAAAUGGAUUCGUUAUUGUCGUGCAAAAAUCAGAUGGAGGUGGUAUUCGAGGUAGGAAGCCAAGACUUAGCUUAGCUUGUGAGAGGAGUGGAUCUUAUAGGGACACUCGAAAAAAUAGCAGGUCUAAGACAAAAAAAGCAAGACUGACUGAAUAUCUUGAGGGUCAUUCUUAUGCUGGAAGGUUAUCACAUGAGGAAACCUCUUUGUUGGUAGACAUGUCGAAGAGUAUGGUACGACCAAGUGAGAUAUUGGUUACAUUGAAACAACGUGAUGAUGCAAAUGCUUCCACAAUGAAGACAAUUUACAAUGCACGUCAUAAAGUUGCUGAGAAAGCUGGGAGAUCUCAAAUGCAACAACUAUUAGGUCAGUUAGCGAUGAACAAGUACAUUGAGUGGCAUAGGAGCUGUGCAGAUACUGAGACAGUGACUAAUUUGUUCUUUGCACAUCCUACUAGUUUGAAGUUGUUACGUGCAUUUCCAAAAGUAUUGCCGAUGUUUAAGGAGCUUCAUGGUAAUGUCUUAAUUACUGCAUUAGAGAUCAUAUUGGCAGAGUUUAAACGAGCAUCUUCUGUUGGUAUUGAUAUUACUGCAUAUGGAUGUGUUGUUUGA